UGUAGCUCUCCAUUGACCGGUGCUGGAUUGACGCGCGCUGACUAGGACCCUGUGGAGUCUGGACUGGAGGAGGCACAUAACAGAAUAGGACACCAUGGCUACGGACGAGUACGAGGUGCACGUGUUGCCGGGCUUCAUCCCCAUCUUCUGGUGCUUUGUGGCCGUGGGCAUCGUGCUCUUCUACUACUCACUGGGAUACGCCAAGAAAUACUCAACCACCGCCGCCUUCCUGCUGACUCCAUUCAUCUGCUUCAGCCUCGUGUUUGAUAAUGCCAUCAUGGCUACAACAGGGAUCGACCGUCGUCGUGCCAGCACCCAAGUCAUGUUAGCCUUCCACGCCUGUGUGACGCCCAUGCUGCUACUCGUGUGCUACGAAUUGGCCUAUCUAGUGCACAAACACAAGUCUGUCAAUUUCUGCGGCAUUUCAUUCGAAAGUGGCCACAGAGAACGUGGCAGCAGUUGCGCCAAUGCCGGAGCAGCCGCGAGUCUAGCCAAACGACGGUGGUGGCUGUCAACUUGUCUGCGCUUCAUCGUGUGGCUUAUGGCUUGUGCCUUAUUGGUUCUAAAUCUCCUAGUGGCUUAUCGCUGGACAUCGGACCUCACGCCCGAGGUUACCAGUAUGUACGAACUGCAGGGAGACAACGCAGCCCACGCGGUGUGUGCAAUUCUACCUGCUGUGGUAUUGGUGGCUUUGGCUCUGUAUAUUGGGAUUAGACUGUGGAACUAUGGCACCAACUACUCGUACAUGGUGCACGCCACGUGCUUCAACCCGUGGAUCUGGAUGCUUGUGGGUGCAGUGGCUUUGCUGAUCGGGUAUGUCAUGCCGUCACCCAUCUACGCCUUGUCUUCGAAUGCCGGCGAGCUAACGAUGAUGGCUACAAUCGUGCGGAUGCUCCGUGAAGUGCAUCACGACAUGCAACAAGGGCUUCAAUUCGGCGAAUUCAUCGAUCCGGAAGGUGCCGCGGCACGCAGACAGAGACCACAGAGUCCCAACGCACGUAGUCAAAGUCUCAGUCUAAGCAAGAGUUUGAGUCACAGCAAGAUGGCUGCAGAACAACCAAAUGGCUACAUGGCGGUCACCACUCCCAAGGAGUCGGAAUUACCUGCAACAUUUGCCAAUCGACUACGUCGCGGGGAUGAAGAGGAAAGACAACCCAGUGCCAGUGCUGCGUACCUGUCGGUCGUCAUAGCUCGAGAGCAGACCAACCCGCUCUGUCAGUAAGGAAAAGAAGAAGUAGCCAGACCUUUUUGAUAUUCCUACUACUGUAGUAUUGGACGCCGAUGUAGAAGAACCUCAACAUUAUUCCUUUUUUGAAAAAA